GCAUUUGAAUGUUUGACGUGUAACGUUGUGUGUCGUUCUCGUUGUAUCUUGUAGCUUGAUCGCAUCGCACUUUUUGGAAAUUGAAAUCGUUAUCCGAAUUUCAUUUGAAAUAUCCACACAUCGAUUUUGUGUAUGUGUGUGAUUCAUUUUCGGCAAAAAUUUUAACAAACUUUUUAUCUCUUGCUUCGAAAGCAUUUCAAAGGGGGAAAAAAGAAAAGGAAAAAUACGACGAAAAACACGAUAUGAUUUUAUAAAAAACGUAAGCUUAUUUGUGCUGAAUUUUAAGUGUGGCCAAUUGUUUAACGUCGAAUACAUUCUUCGUCUCUUUGUCGAGUUUCAAUUUCUUCUCUUUUGUUGCUUUGCAAAGUGCCUUUUGAUAACCAUAAAAAAAGAGAGAGAAAGAAAUAGACAAUGUCAAAACUUUGAACUAAAACCGAACACAAAAUAAAUCGAAAGUUAAUUAAAGUGAAUUUCAGUGUUUCAUUACGUGGCAUAAACAUGACCGACAUUUUUCGAUUUCUAUGAAAUUGUUCGGAAGAAGAAAAUAAACAACAAAACGAAGCACAAAGAAAUACCGUCGAAUUUGCAAGAAUUUCUCCGUAUUUUUUUCUUCGUUCAAUCAAAUCGUGUUGGAUUGAUCGUCUCAGGACAAGAUAAUCAUUUUCAGUUGGUUGUACAAAGUAAUAUGAGUCUACCUAGUGGUGUUGAUAUGACGAAUCUCAUGUCGCAACAUCCAGUUUUGGGAGCUUUACCACCGGCAUUCUUUUUGCGUGCUGCAUCUGAACGCUAUCAACGGACACCGAAAUGUGCACGAUGCCGAAAUCAUGGUGUUGUGAGCGCUUUGAAGGGUCACAAACGUUACUGUCGAUGGCGCGAUUGCGUUUGUGCCAAAUGCACACUAAUUGCCGAACGGCAACGUGUUAUGGCUGCACAGGUGGCGUUGCGUCGGCAACAGGCACAAGAAGAGAAUGAAGCACGCGAAUUGGGAUUAUUGUACUCAUCAGUGCCCGGUCAACCGCAACAACAGCAACCAUCUAGAAAGCAACAAUCAGAGAAUAAUAUUCAGCCGCCAGGUAACUAUCACACAGGACUAUCGUCACCGCAUAAUGAUCAUGAGCUAGGUCAACGUGUUCAUUUCAGUAGCAGCGAGUCAGACGUUGAGUCUCACCACCAGAGGAUUCGAUCAGAUCGCGGCGGUGCCACCUAUUCACCCGAACGUAUCGACAAUGAAAGUCCCGGCACAAAACGUCAACGGAUAUCGACUGAAACUGAUCAUGAUACUGGUUCCGAGUCAUCGCCAAGCAGUCCACGAUUGAAAAAUACAUCAUUUAAUAUGCCAAUAGCUAGUUCACCGAACCAAAAUGGACGGCCGAGUUCGCCAGAGUCCGAUUUGGAUGUGGAUUCGGCCCCUGAUGAGGCAACGCCGGAAAACUUGAGUUUGAAAAAAGAUGACUCAACAUCACCGCCAAACACUCCAAUCGAGAAUCCAAAUAUGAUGCGUCACAUGCAUGUGAAUGGAGGCCAAAAUGCCGGUUUUCUGCCAUAUCAUCAAGCGUCACACCAAUUUAUGGGCGCAAUGACUACACAACGAUCACCGAUCGAUGUUUUGUUACGAGUGUUUCCGACUCGACGACGAAGCGAAGUUGAGACUCUUUUGCAAAAAUACCGUGGCGAUGUGGUACAAGCGAUGGAAGCAAUGUUAACCGGUGAUGAUUCGAUGGCUCCCAUUGCUGUGCCAGCACCAUCACCACCAUUUUCCAUGAAAUCAGCCUUCUCACCAUUGGUCCCGCCGGGUGUGUUCAAUCCAGCUGCGGCCAAUCGAUAUGCAUUGUUCCAACAGCAGCAGCAACAGCAUACGAAACGACAUUUAAAUUUAUUGUCAAUAGGUUUUCUAGCCGCACCAUACUCAGGAACGGGCUACUUAUCAACGAUCAUUCAAUCGGAAAAUGAUCAAAUGGAAGCCAAUGGCAACGGUGACCGAUGCGGCAGCGCUGGCGAAUCACAAGAAUGAUACGAAAAAUUAUAGUGAUACAUACGUUAAACGUUUUGACCUGAUUCCACACAUGAACGAAAAUAAUGGGACGCAUUGUUCGUUCUUCUCUGCGCACUGAAAGAAGAAGAAGAAGUGACAAAAUGGUCAAUCAAAACUCAACCGAGAGAAGUGACAACAGCAACUGCAUUGGAAAAUGAUAUAAAUUUAAUUCGCUUUAAGAUGACUUCAAAUCAAAUCUUUGUAUUAAACACAUCCCAACACAAGAGCCAAAUCAAAUGCUAUGAUAUUGUUCUCCAAUCACAGCAUAUUCAAUAGAAUUAAAAUGACAUCUCUUCAUUUUCUCUUCCAGUAAAAAAAAAAGGUUUGCUUUCCAACAAAAGCUAAGAAAAAAAAAGAGAUUUGAAUCGCAACGUGAGUAUUGUACAAUUUAUGGAAGAAGAAAAAUAUUUCGUAUGAAAUAUGAUCUAUAUAUAUAUAUAUAUUAUACAUGUUUCCAAUAUGUUAAGCAAUAUACUCAACCUCUUUCUUGCCCAAUGUCGAAACCGUAUUUACUGAAAAGGUUAUCGAUACAACUUUUAUUCUUUCCCUUUGAAAUUGGUCUAAAAUAUUAUUAUACUUUUUAAUGCCUAUAUUUAGAGAGCUUUAUCUUUAUCGAUGACUAAUAUGUGAGCGCGUUUAAAGUGUAUUCGAUUGAAAAUGAGCGGCGAAGAAAACAAAAACGAGAAAUAACAGUAAUUCUUUAGAUGUCAUUUAUUCAGUGGAAUCAUGUACCAUACACACACAAUUAUUCUAUAAGUUUCAGUUAGAAACCAACUCACCACUAACUAAAGCAGCCACUGAAAACUUAAAAUUUGAAUGGCAAACAGCAACAAAAUGAAAUACAUAAAAAAAUAAAUAAAUUAUACAAACUAUAUGAAAACAAAAAACAAAUAUUUUAGUUGUAGCAAACAAACAAGUAAAUGCAUACCCGACUCCAAUGGCAUCAUAUGUAUACGAUUUAAUUUUAAAUUGAAAUAAAACCAAUAUGAAUUAAGUGAAA